AUGGGUCGCGUGAUCCGCAACCAGAGGAAGGGUCGUGGAUCCAUUUUCACGGCAAACACCCGUCUCAACAAGGCUCCUGCCCAGUUCCGCACCCUCGACUACGCUGAGCGUCAUGGAUACACUCGUGGUGUCGUGAAGGAGAUCAUCCACGACCCCGGCCGUGGUGCUCCCCUCGCCAAGGUCCAGUUCCGUCACCCCUACAAGUUCAAGACCAUCACCGAGACCUUCAUCGCCAACGAGGGCAUGUACACCGGUCAAUUCGUCUACGCCGGAAAGAACGCCGCCCUGACUGUCGGAAACGUCCUUCCCCUCGCCUCCGUCCCUGAGGGUACCGUUGUUACCAACGUCGAGGAGAAGGCUGGUGACCGUGGUGCUCUUGGUCGUACCUCCGGUAACUACGUUACCGUCAUCGGCCACAACCCUGAGGAGGGCAAGACCCGUGUCAAGCUCCCCUCCGGUGCCAAGAAGGUCGUCAAGAACACCGCCCGUGGUAUGAUCGGUAUCGUCGCUGGUGGUGGUCGUACCGACAAGCCUUUGCUCAAGGCUUCUCGCGCCAAGCACAAGUUCGCUGUCAAGCGCAACUCUUGGCCCAAGACCCGUGGUGUUGCCAUGAACCCCGUGGAUCACCCUCACGGUGGUGGUAACCACCAGCACAUUGGUAAGGCCUCGACCAUCUCCCGCUACGCUGCCCAGGGUCAAAAAGCCGGUCUUAUCGCUGCCCGGAGAACUGGUCUGCUCCGUGGUACCCAGAAGACCAAGGACUAA